GAGCACAGUGGGAGGGGGGAUGCAGGAUAUUCUCACAGGAUGUGAUGGCUGGACAGCAGCCGGAGCCGAGCGAUGUGCAGGGAAGAGUCAGCUGAGAGAGGAGCGCUCGGCGUUAGGUGUGUUUGCUCGGUUGCUAUCGAUCUGUGAGUGGGAGGGAGAGCGCGCUGAGGAUGUGAAAUCCACGAGGUCAGGAGGUUCUGUGAAGAUCGGUCAUCAGCUGAAAGUGAGCACCAUGACUGCCAUCCAGCUGCUCUUCCCGCUGUUGGUCAGCUGCGUGGCAGCAUCCGCAAGCCCUCCCCGCCACCUCUCUGCAUGCCAAGUGGUCCAGAUGGACGUCUUUUGCAGCAAUCUGAACCUCAGAAGUGCCCCAGUCGACCUUCCUCAUGGCGUCCAAACGCUGGAUCUUUCCCUUAACCAGGUGCAAAACCUCACCAUGGAAACUCUGGCGUACCACACCAGCUUCAACCACCUGAAUCUUCAUUCGAACAAGAUCCACUUCAUCCAGCCCGGACUCUUCAGAGACAUGACUGAUCUCAAAGUCUUAGAUCUGUCCAGGAAUCAUCUGAAUGUUUUUACUCACUCCAAAAUCAACAUUGGGCCUCUUACAGCUGUUGAGUCACUUGAUCUUUCAAGCAACGGGCUGUAUACAGGAAUGUCCGACUAUUUCCUUGCUGAUUCCCCGUCGCUGGCAAACCUUUCUCUAAACAGCAACAGCAUCACCAAAAUAGCACAAAAUACUUUCAGUGGGUCCUCGUCCCUUAAAAGAAUCAGCCUCCACAAUAACGUCAUCUUAGAGAUUGAAGACGGAGCAUUUGACUCCUUGAAUCAUCUGACUGAGCUCGACUUGUCCAAGAACUCGAUCACGUGUAUCACAGACUUUAAUUUGUGCCAUUUAAAAGUUCUCAAUCUCAGCAAGAACAGCAUGGAGCUUUUCCAAAGCACAAGAUCAACAGACUCGUAUGACCUUCAAAUUCUUGAUCUAAGUGAAAACAAAAUGCAUUAUUUCCCUCUUCUGCCCAGACACAAUGUGCUCCAAUACCUGGAUGUGUCGAGAAACCAACUUCAGAGCAUCAAUGUCACGGCAAGUCAUGACAGAAGGACAACUGUUCAUCUGUUUCAUCUGAGAUACUUGGACAUGAGUUACAACCAACUACAAAUCAUACCUGAGUCCUUUUUUUACUGUAUGGCCUCACUGGAGGUCCUGAAUGUGAGCAAUAAUUGUAUUAGCUCGUUUUCAAUCACAAAUGAAGGUCUCCUGCAGACGGUGAAGAUCAUUAACCUCAGCUAUAAUUCCCUGCAGAGUCUGACAUUUGGUGAGAACACUCUGCCGUCGCUGGAAGAGCUCCUCUUGCAAGGAAACGACCUCACCAAUUUAGACCAUCAAAUAUUUCAAAAACUUCCAAGUAUCAAACACCUGUACCUCCAGGAGAACGAUCUGGAAAUCUGUGACGCAGACCAGAACGGCAAAAAUCCUCCAGCAUGUGUCUCCUUUUCUUCCAUACCAAACUUGCAGUUCCUGUACCUCUCUGAAAACAAUCUUCAAACUCUUCCCUCGAACGCUUUUGCCGACACCCCUCUGAAGUUACUGGACUUGUCACUGAACCCAGGCCUAGACAUUGACAAAGACUCCUUUUCAGGUUUGGAGCGCUCCCUGGUUCACCUACUCCUGAGGGAAAACAACAUUUCCAGUCUAAACACAGACCUGUCAUCACUUAAGAGUCUCAAACACAUAGACCUGUCCACCAACCAGUUAACCACUCUACCUACGUGGAACAGAGAGUCAUCCAUUGAGUCUCUAAACCUGCAGAACAACAACCUGGUCACCCUUGAGCCCAGCACCAUGCUCGCUCUGGAGCACUCUCUAAAAACCCUCUACAUGGGCUCCAACCCUCUCAGCUGCUGCAGCAACCUCGCCUUCCUGCAAAUGGUCAAGAACUCGGCUUUGACUAUUGCUGACCUAGAGACUGUGACAUGCGUUCUUGAGGAUUAUUCAGAGCCGGUGAACAUCGGGAAGGUGACGGAGGAAAUGUGUCAGAAACCAAAGAUCCAGAACUUUGUUGUUGCUGUGGUUUUGACAGCGUUAUUUUUGCUAAUCGUGCUAGGACUGCUGAUUAAAUGUUGCCAAUCAAAGAAACGAAAGCCCAGCAGACGCUUCAACGCGUAGAGCAAAUGAACAGUCCACAUGCAGGACCUUGAAUGAAUUAUAUCUGGAACUUCUUCCAGUUUCUUUUCAUGUGAAGGUUGCAGGGUUUCAACCAGGAACAGGCAGACAAACAUGAAUGUAGAGUCAACUGAACAUGGGCUCAGAUGGGGCUCUUAAGUUGGUCGGUGUUGUAGCCAAAAUGGGCAACCCAGAAGAUUAUACAAGGGCUUCAAUAGGGCGUAUCAUUUCCACCUCAAAAUUGGUUAUUGAUAUGUCCCAAGCUUGCUUCAGUCAUGCAAAAUGGUCACUGUUGGAGCUCAUCAAGGGCCCACCAUCAAAACAUUGGGGCCCUCUUGUGUCUGGCAUCCGUUUAAGCUGAGGACGAACUUUGCUAGGUCCCAAUUGGAAAUCCCCAAAAAGAUUAAGAGUGAAUGCAACCAAUCUGGCCCAACCAUUGGUUUGCUGGUUGAGGAUUGGGUUAGCCGUAUAACCUCACAACUGAAGUCAAUAAUCCAAACUGGUUGAACAGAAGAAGAUAAGGGGUAGUUUGAUUUUGAACUAUGACAAAUUCAUGGGCUGUGGCACUGCCAAAAGGAAACCUGUGCCAUCAUAUUCCCAAAAAUGAUGACAAUAGUUUUGAAACAAAUUAAGAGAAGUUUGGACAUUUGAAAGGAAUUCUAUUCUGCAUCGUUUGGUCAUUUAAGGAACUGCAACUUAAAGCACUGUGUUUCCUAUAAGGAUACAAUGCAUAUCCACAUAUUACUGAAUGUAAAAGGAAGAUUCAUACUAAAACACAAUGAUAAACAUGCUUUCUUGAUGGAACUAUUAAGAGAAAAAUAAUACCACUUUCUAAAUAUGAAACCUGGGGUAGUUGGAAAUUAGCUAAACUCAGCCAUGUUUUCUUUGUGAUAUUUCCUUAAAUUAAAGAAAAGAUUGUAAGCACACUGAGUGAUCUAAAACACACAUAUCGGACAUUAACGAGGGAACCAGAAGUUAACUUUAGGAACCUAGCAACAAGCGAGGUUGUGAGCACUUCCAGCGCAAAAAGCGCCGGCCCAAACUCCCAGCAAAAACAUAAAGUUUAAGAAAGUUUUCCAUUAUGAUUUUUUUUUCCCUUUAAAAGGGUUCAAUGAAGGGUUUGUUAAACAAAGAAGUAAACAAGUGAGUGAGAUGGAGAUAUAAGAUAUCUUUGAUAUCGGUGACAUUUAGUGUUACGGUAUCCGAAAGGGGAAAUUUCCUUUAAGCUAAAAAUAAAAAAGAGAACACUACAAAAAGGUCAUGAAACAAAAUGCUCACUUCAUGAAUGAUGAAGUAUGAUAAAGUUAAGUCUGUGUAGGUUAAGAGUCCGUAUUCAUGAAGAAACCCAAGCCUUCCCUUUAUCCUUGAUGUGGUUUGCACUUUAAAUGUCCCUUGUUUGUGUGAAUGUAUCUUGUUCUGAGACUGUUAACACUAAGAAGUUAUGAUUUUAAACGUAUUAAACUGAGCUUGACAUUUAAACAGAAUGUUCCCCAGGCCUGCAGUGCUCCCCAUGGGGACACAAUUUUAAAAUGUUGAUGGAAAUGAAAGCGGGAUUAAACACUGACAUAGAUAACUGUGAUUCUCUGAGAUAGAGGGACAGUAUACAGAAUAGUAUAUUGUAUUUUUUUAAUGAAUUAAUAUUCAAUCCAGCGCUGUUUUGUAAAGGGCAACACUGGGACACAUAGUUUCAUAUCAUGUGGUUAAUAAAGUUUUUUUAAA